AUGUUGCUUCAGUAUGAAGAUCAAGCUGGAUUUGAUACUGCUUAUCUCGUCAACCUCUGUGCUGAAUUUGAAGAUGCACUCAAGUUUGGCAGUUUUGUGGAAAAACUCACAAGGGUUGCUGAAUAUCAUCAGGUACAGCUUCCUGAUUGCGACUUAUCGCCAAAUACCACUUCUGACUCUGAGAACGAAGAUGAUAUGAAUGAAUCCGACAUCCGUGGAAACAGCUUGAAUCAACAUCAGAUUUCCGAAUCGGAAUCCGAAAAAGAGAUGGAUCGCCCACUGAUCAAGUUUACCGAAGGACGUGCUUUACGGUACACAUUCGCUCAAAGCUACUUUGAAGUGUAUCAUCCCGAAACUGGAACGACCUGGCAUUUUCUUCAUGCUGACAUUCGCCAACGUGAAUAUAAGUUCAACCCGCGAGGUCGACCCGCUAGAGCUGGUCGCGCUCGAUUCCUUCUUUACAACGUUACUCUUCAGGCUAGAAAGACUGCGGUUCGUGCCGGACGUGCUGCUCAAUAUGUGGACGUAGGACCUUGUUUUUGGAUGGAGCGCCCAUUGUUCAAUUUUACGGAAGGACGUACUUUGCGACUCAGAUUCACGCGACGCGGCUUUGCGGUCUUGCAUCCCGAAACUGGAACGACCUGGCAUUUUCUUCAUGCUGACAUUCGCCAACGUGAAUAUAAGUUCAACCCGCGAGGUCGACCCGCUAGAGCUGGUCGCGCUCGAUUCCUUCUUUACAGCGUUACCCUUCAGGCUAGAAAGACUGCGGUUCGUGCCGGACGUGCUGCUCAAUAUGUGGACGUAGGACCUUGUGAUGUGGAAUUCGAUGUGAUCAGCACCACUCUCUCCGCCACCACCCUUUUGAACCAAUUUGGGGCACACCGUUACACUGCAAUUCUG